CUUUUUAAAAUUUCAUUAUCAAAAAAUUAAGGGAACCGGAAAAACCCUUGUAGAGUUGUAGUCGUAUAGUUUCGUAAACCCUCACUAGGUCACCAUCCUCAAAUCUUCCAUUGUUGGACGGAGAGAGAAAAAUGGGAAGAAGAAUUCUCAAUGAUGCACUUCGAACCAUUGUUAAUGCUGAGAAGAGAAAUAAAGCUACUGCUCAACUCCAGCCCAUUUCUACCGUCAUGUGCUCCUUCCUUCACAUCAUGAAAACUCGAGGGUAUAUCAAGGACUUUCAAGUUCACGAUCCACAUAGAGUUGGUAGCAUAACCGUGGAACUUCUAGGACGGGUAAAUGAUUGCAGAGCUCUUACUUACAGACAGGAUUUGAAAGCAAAGGAAAUUGAACAAUACAGAUUGCGAAUUCUUCCUACACGACAGUGGGGUUAUGUUGUAAUUACGACUCCGAAUGGCGUCCUGGACCACGAAGAUGCCCUCAAACAAAAUGUAGGCGGUCAAGUUCUCGGUUACUUUCAUUGAUGAUUGAGUUCUAUGUCACUUUUUCCGCUGUCAAUUGAACGGUGCAAAUGAAUUUUUGUAUGAAAUUGUAUCAAAAGUUGCACUAGAUUGAAUUUUGGACGAUGAUUAUUGACUACUUUUCUCCAUGCUCGAAACUACAAUAAACUAGGAUACCAACUCUAGUAAA